AUGAGUGUCUUCACUUCAGCCAGCAACUUGGUACUUCGGGUGGAAGGCCAGGCCCAGCUGGAGCCGGCUGCCCCGUCGGCCAAUCGCCAGGCGCGGCGAGAGCCAGCCAUUCCGCCGGCCAAUAAAGCGCAAGAGGAGGAAUUCCGCUGGCUGCUGCACGACGAAGUGCACGCCGUGCUGAGGCAGCUACAGGACAUCCUAAAGGAGGCCUCUCUCCGCUUCACUCUGCCAGGCUCAGGCAUGGAGGGGCCUGCCAGGCAAGAGAACUUCAUUCUGGGCAGCAGUGGCACAGACCAGGUGAAGGGCGUGCUGACUCUGCAAGGGGACGCGCUGAGCCAGGCGGAUGUGAACCUGAAGAUGCCCCGGAACAACCAGCUGCUGCAUUUUGCCUUCCGGGAGGACAAGCAGUGGAAGCUGCAGCAGAUCCAGGAUGCCAGGAACCACGUAAGCCAAGCCAUUUACCUCCUCAACAACCGGGAUGAGAGCUACCAGUUCAGGACAGGAGCAGAGGUCCUUAAGCUGAUGGAUGCCGUGAUGCUGCAACUGACCAGAGCUCGCAACCGGCUGACCACCCCGGCCACCCUCACUCUGCCUGAGAUUGCCGCCAGUGGCCUCACGCGUAUGUUCACCCCUGCCCUGCCCUCCGACUUGCUGGUCAACGUCUACAUCAACCUCAACAAGCUCUGUCUCACUGUGUACCAGCUGCACACCCUGCAGCCAAAUUCCACCAAGAACUUCCGCCCAGCUGGAGGCUCCGUGCUCCACAGCCCUGGAGCCAUGUUUGAGUGGGGCUCCCAGCGUCUGGAGGUGAGCCAUGUGCACAAAGUGGAGUCGGUGAUCCCGUGGCUAAAUGAUGCCCUGGUCUUCUUUACCGUCUCCCUGCAGCUCUGCCAGCAGCUCAAGGAUAAGAUCUCGGUGUUCUCCAGCUACUGGAGCUACAGGCCUUUCUAAGCAGAGCACCCAAGAGCCUGUCCCCCUGAGGAGUGGCCCCUACCCAGGGUGUCCCCGCCCCUACCACACACACCCUGGAGUGUGGCCCAAGCCAAGCGCU